AUGGUCGAUAAAAAUAUCCUAAGAGAAAGAUGGUAUCAUGGUUUAUUGCCAAGAGAAGAUAUUCGUGUAAGUUUGAAAUUAUAUUGAAAGAAGAUUGGAUUACUGUAGAUUUUCAGUUAAUGCUCACGAAACCGGGUGAAUAUCUUGUUCGAUCAACUGAACCAGUUGCAGGACAAAAAAGGCAAUAUGUUUUAUCAGCGGUGGCUGAUAAUGAUCAACAGGUAGAAGAAAAUUUAAAAAAUAUUAUCAGCAUAACAUUUAUUUAAAUUUAGCCAACACAUUUUGUACUUCACGAAGCAAAUGGUAAAGUUUUUGUGGAAACAAAAGGAUUUGAAUCAAUUUCAAAACUCAUUGAACAUUAUUUGAAUGAUAAAGAAGUUAUUAUGGCAAAAGGUGGAACUGCAAAAGUUAUUUUAAGAACUCCAGUUAUUCGACAAAAAUGGGAACUUUCACAUGAUGAUGUUACUAUGAAGAAGAAAUUAGGAGAAGGUGCUUUUGGUGAAGUUUGGCGUGGAGUUUUGAUUAGAUUGGAUAAUUCAAGUGUUGUUGAUGUGGCUGUUAAAACUGUAAGAUAAAUAUGAUUUUUGAAAAAAGUUGUAGAAAUCUUUGGAACUUUUUCUUUUUUUUUCAUGUUAUGAUUUUGACCAAAUUGUGGUCAGAAUCCGAUUCAAACAUCUUCAAUUUCUCGAUACCAAUUAAAACAAUCCUAAAUUAAUUUUAGGCAAAACUUGAAUCGAUGAACAAAGAACAAAUCAAAGAAAUAAUGCACGAAGCCCGUUUAAUGCGUAAUUUGGAUCAUCCAAAUGUUGUCAAAUUUUAUGGAGUUGCUGCUGGACAAGAACCACUUUAUGUUAUAAUGGAAUUAGCUGAUGGCGGAGCACUUGAUUCAGCACUUCAAAAAAACAAAUUUCCAAUGGCCAAAAAAAUGGAAUUGAUUUAUCAAGCUUCUUGUGGUGUUGCUUAUAUUCAUGAAAUGAAUUUAUUGCAUCGAGAUAUUGCAGCUAGAAAUUGUUUAUAUGGCGGAGGACAAGUUAAAAUUUCUGAUUUUGGUUUAUCGCGAGAAGGAAAAGAAUAUAAAAUGGAUUUGUCAAAAAAAGUUCCAAUUAGAUGGUUGCCACCAGAAACAAUUAAAACAGGAAUUUAUACACAAAAAGUGGAUGUUUUUGCAUUUGGUAUAAUGGCUUGGGAAAUAACUGAAAAUGGAAAAGAACCCUAUCCUGGUUUAAGAGUUGCGGAAGUUGUUGGAAAAGUUAUGACUGGUUAUCGAAUGCCGUUUGCACCAGAAGUUGAAAAAUCAUUUGCUAAUUUUAUAAAUGAUAAAUGUUGGCCUGAAAAUCCAGAUAAUCGCCUUUUUAUGAAAGAUAUUCAAAAUCAUCUCAAAUCCAAUUACAUGAAAAAUUCGGUAAGUCUCAAUUAGGAUUAUCAUAUAAAAUAUAAAUAAUAAAUAAAUUUCAGUUCCUGAAAAAAGCUAAAAAUUCUUCAUUGGUUCGAAGUUUCCAUCGUCAAAAGAAAGAUGGAAGUGUCAUGCAAAAGAAAGAAAGUAGUGUCAUGCAAAAAUCAUCCGCAUCAAAAGUUGAAUAA